AUGCCACCCCGGUCAUUAAUGUGGUGUAAAGGACGUGAAAACAAAGCAGACGAAAUAGAAGAUUCUAAUGUAAAACUCAUGGCAGAAAAACUAGUGGAACAUGAAAAACAAAUUAAAGAUGGAGAUGUGAAGCUUGAUCCUGGGAUGGAUGCCAUGUCACUUGUCUUUGGCAAGGAUAAUGGUGGAUUCUUAAAAAGGGUUGGUACAGGAGUGACUGCCAAUAGAUAUUUCAAUAUUCCUAAAACCAAAGGAUCUUCAAAAGAACAAAUUGCGGACCUAAAGUUUGAACUACAGAAUGAAAGACUUGAGCUUCAGAAAAAAGAUGAAGAACUUAAAGCGUUGUCAACAAAGACCUUUUCAGUGGACAAGAAUGUUGAAUCUCAUGUGACUCCUGUUACUAAUACUAUCAUAAAGAAAACACCUGUCACAAAUAAAGUAUUGAAAAAUGAACCAGUUACACAAGUUAUUGCAAAACCACCAAAAUAA